ACGAGACAUAUCGAAGAUAAUUGUUUUCAGACAAGCUAACGUAGCGGGACAUAACCUCAGAAAUACUACUGUUUACAUUAAAAUGUGAUAAGUUUAAGAGGCCCAAGUUUGUGGUAUCAAAUAAGUCGUGAUAAUGACUAUUUUACUGGGUGAAGCCAAUUUUUGGACGUUUGAUGACGUGGUAAACAUCAAAGAUACUGACUUGGGCGCAUUCAGAUACCAUGACAAGCGUACAGAUAACUUGUACGCUGAAGGGAAAAGAUCCUACGCUACGAAACGUGGAAUGGUUUGCAUGCCACAAAAUAAAAAAGGCAACAAACUCAAGGAUUCUAUUAGAUAUUUGGAGGAGCAAUUGAAAGAUCAUUCUGUAAUUUAUUGCCAAUGGUUCGAUCACUGUAUAGUACAAGUAGUCCUAAGUUCUGGCCUAUUAAUUCGAAUACAGGUCAAUCGAUCGACAGGAGAUAUUCAAAAAAUUAUAUUCGACAAAUACCUUGUUGGCAAAGUUUCUGAUCAUAUGUCCGAUGUUAUAAUUACGAAGAGUCAUUUUUUGUGCACUUACAAUGAUAAUCAAGUAACUCUCGUAUAUUUUACUAAGCCGAAAAGGCAUGUUUUUGAAAAAAUAAGCCGACUAGAUCCUAAGCUGUUGUUGUUUGAAUUGACUGGUCCCAACGGACGGAGAUUGGAUAAAAAAAUUCAUUUCAAUAAGACUGCUGAUUUGAUAUUAAUAUGGUGGAAAUCAACAAUGAAUGAAGUAUUUCCAUGGAGUCCUGUAGUCAAAGAACAUGAUCGAGCCAAUGUUCAUCUAUACCGUCUCAUAGGAACAAAAGUUGAGCUAAUAUGCUUUCUCCGUACAGAAUUUGAUCCUCUCUGUGUCACAUUUAGUACAUAUCAAGAGAAUAUAAUUCAUUCUGUGGAACAGAAAGUAUCACGAAAGGGAGAAGUUACAAUUGAGUGGCGAGUUUAUGAAGUAUCACCACAGGGUAAAUUGCAAAGGCUAGCUGUAACAUCUGUUCCAUUACCAACACAUACUAGUUGCAUCAAAUUUUCACCAAAUCAUGACAUGCUAUUAUUAUGUUGCAUUGAUGGGUCUGUGACACUGCACGAUCAAACCAAAGGAACAAACAAUAGCAUAAAAGCUUCUUUUAUUCCUACAUUAGCAUCGUGGCAUAGUGAUGGAAUCGCAUUCACAGUCAGCAAUGAACGUGGGCAGUUCCAACAUUUUGAUAUAUCGUUAUCGUGUUUGAAGAGUCAAAUACUCAGUGAAGAUACUACUCCAGCUAAUAUCCUGGAUCUUUCAUCAUAUUUUAGAAAUCAGCCAACGCUGCUGCGAAUGGAAUGGAGCAAAGGCAUAAGUCCUCACUCUUGUCCAGAACCUUAUGAGGACGGUGAUUCUCUGUUCUUACUGUUCUUUGAAAGGGGACCUUUAGGAAUAAUAAAAUUCAUAGAGGGAAGUAGUUUAUCUGGUGAUGUGCUAGUUCGAAGGUAUUUAAAUCUUUCGCAAGUAGAACGCGCUACAUCCUUAUUAUUGGCAAUGAAUUGGGACACGCAUCCACAAGUCUGUAUGCAUUCCCUCAAUCAAAUCUCAAACUUUUUGUUUAAAUUGCCGCUCAUACCAGAAAGAGAGGGUCUCAUACAGAAUGCACUUGGUAGCUUCCAUGUACCUGUCAGACCCAUAAGUCAGGUCGUACAAGAUGAAUAUGGUGAAGAAGUGAGAGAUUUGACUAGAAGGUUUUUUCAUCAUCUACUAAGGUACCGUCUGUUCGAAAAGGCUUUUCGGUUAGCUAUCGAUUUGAAUGACCACGAUCUGUUUAUGGAUAUACAUUUUUAUGCCCUAAUCACCAACGAUACCGGAAUGGCAACUGUAGCAAAAGAAAAAGCUGAAAACAUUCUUCUUCGAUCAAAUAGUUGUAGUAGCACCCAUUCCACAUGCUCUCGCCCAUCCUGUUCACUUUGUUCUUCGAGUUCUGAGAGCCACGCAGAGAGUGAAUCUUACAGUGAUGAAAGCGAAAGCGAAUGUCUUCCCACCAGAGAAAAACGUGGCUUGAGUACGCCAUCGAGGCGAAGUCACGUUAAAAGUAUUAAUAGUCAUAUCCCACCUUUACCAGUCUUACAUCCUCAUUUAUGUAGCAAAAGUAAUUUGAUGUCAACAUCGUUCAACGAGAUUAAAAACCCUAUAGUUUCUUCCCACAGAACCGAUAGCAAUUUAAUGUCAACUGCUUUCAAUGUUCCAAGUAGCAAUCUUGCAUCAGAGUCAUUCAGCAACCCUUUAGGAAAUUCCAUUUCUCACGACAGUUCGACUUCUACUUCCUUCAGCAACACUAAUCCAUUGUUAGUAUCCACUAGUAAUUCUACAAAACAUCCACGAUCAUUCAACGACGUUAUAGGUGACUUAAUGUCGACUUCAUUUAGUAAUUUAACAGUCAAUAACUCUGUACAGCCAGUUCUUGAUCACCCUCCCAAUGGUAUUAGUGAAAAAUCGUUGGAAAGUAAAACUAACACCAUUUCCACCCCUGCAACUCUUAACAGUGUUUCAACCAAUGCUAGAUUUUCUACAAUAUUUCAAGAAAGCGACAAUCUGACCACAACUCUCUUCAAUAGCCCUGCAUAUGAUACAACGUCGUUUGACAGUAUGUCUAAUAAAUCAUUGUCAUUUAGUUGUACAGAACCAUCAAUCAUUUCUACGUCAUUUAGUACUCCUAGUAGCAAGUUAUCGAGUAAAUCAUAUAGUGAUCUUUACAAUGGUUUCAAUCCAAUAAAUAAAUUCAAUAUGAACGCGGCACCAAUGUUGCAUCAAGUAAAAUCACCAUCAUUCAAUGCACCUCCAGCAAAUAGUUUGGCAUCAAUGCUGUUUAAUAAUUCUGUUACUACAGUCAAACCAUCGGCCACAUCAUUUUAUAAUCCAAACAGUAGUUUGAUGUCGACGUCUUUUGGCAAUGAGUUAAUUCCCGAUUUAAGCGAUUCUCCCAAAGAUUCUACAAAUCAUUCAUCAAUUCAUGGCCAGCCUCCAAUUAAAUCUACAAAAAUUCAUUCCUCUGAUGUACCGCCGCCACCGUGCAUUAGAAAUUCAUACAACUAUGUCCAUAACUUGCCAAGUAAAAAUUAUCAAUUAUCACAAAGCACAUUGGGAUUAGCUGAUGUAGAUGAAACCGUCCAACAAUUUCCAUCAAGGCCACCAAAUUUAAACUCGAAAGUUUUACAGAGACAGAACAGUAUAACAACUAUUCUACAAAAUCAUCAGAAAAACAGUAAUAAGUUACAAUCAACUAGAACAUACAGAGUUAAUUAUGAUCUUGACUUCAUUCCUUUUUAUGGAAGUUGUGACAACUUGAGCUCCUACAAUUCUAAUGAAAAUUACACUAAAACUGAUUCCGCUUCCAUAAACCAUGUACCAUUGAACACUCGCUUACAAACUAAAUUAGGUGAAAGUAAACACUUAAAACAAAGUUUUUUGCAAAACUGUGCAAACUUGAGUAUGAGCAAGGAACAAAAAAUUUCUUCCAAUAUUCCACCAUUACCCAUCAUUAACUCACCAUUCUCUAAUCCCAAAUCUAAUAAUCGAAUUCCUAAUGCUGUUGAAACUUCAACAUCAACUGAAAAGCCAAAAGUUAAAUUUUCCGACACAGUGACUCACAUCUUAGUGCCUGGAACGGGCCAACCAUACCGACCUGUUCAAAAACGUUCAUUAACACAAUUACACCCCAUGGAUCCCAAACGGGAGUUAGCUGAGAGUCUUCCACUGUGUCUCGGAAAUGAAGAUUAUCUCAAAGAUUUUCAGCCUUUGUCAAAAGACUGUGAGGAUAAAACGAUAAAAGAAGUACAUCAGAAACAACCUGAUGAAGCAGCUAAGAUUAAGAUCGUCCACUUUGGCCUUUUAUAAUGUGCAAGGAAAUUCUUUCCAUGUAGCUAACUUCAACAGAGAGACAAUAACGUGUUCAUUAGUGACCAGCUAUCUGAUCGAUAAAUCUAAGACAAUGUGGACACCAACGGCCAACAAUAAUAUUAUCCGUCCAAAAAUGUUCAUGUUGCAAAAAAGACUGCCUCAAUGGAUCUGAGGCUUUGUUGCACUCAGGAAAAAUGCCUAUGGUGUAACUGAAAACACCUGUGACCGUAUGAAAACGUGACUGCCAGUGAAUCUGUAUUAUUUUAUUCUAUUCAUACCUGUUUAUAUAUUUAAGAUUUUUUUAUUGUUCGUAAAUAAACUUAUUUUCAGUAUAUCUCA